AUGCUAGGCGUAUACUGCCAGGACCUCGAGUUCAAGACUCUUACACUGAUCAAGGAUGUAGUUGUCGAGCUGUUGCAAACCUUUGCUACAUUGACCCCUGGAAUUUCAACUUAUCAAGAGUCAGGCUUCUUAGUUCGCAUCCAAGCGUUGAUUUUUCUCGAUGGUGGGGGAAACUGGCAAACAAAGGCCUUGCCAAUCUGGAUCGAGAAGUUCGGUGACCCAGGUGAUAUAGUAAAGCCGCCACCGAAGCCGAAGCAGCCAAAGGCUUCGGCUCGCAGUACUAUCAAAAGCCAGAGGCACAAUCCGUCUGGAUCGUCAAGGAAAUCAAACCCUGCUGCGCGCUCUGACGAACUGAAGAGGCCGGCGUCUGGCGAGCUUGAACGCAUCAACAAACGCGUCAAACCCGUGCACGACACGUCAUCUAGCCCUCAAGUGAGAAACGCCCCUCGCUUCCGAUCCCUCGAAGACAUCGACAGGGCAGAUACGUUCCGCCAAUGGUACGAUCUAGGAAACGACGUCUCGGCGACUAUUGCAUCGGACAUGGCCGUGCUCCUCAAGUACGACACCGAGGCUCAACAGCCCCCGCCCGUCGAACUGCUGAAGAACAUUCGGGGCAGAGCCCAGAAUGUGUAUCAGUCUUUGCCGCAAACCGACCCUAAGGGGAUGUUUUCGGAUCCCGAUUGGACAGCCUGGGAAUCGAAAGUGGUCAAGGUCCCAAAGCCUUCGGUGGUUGUCGAACAGCAUGAGACGGGUUACCAGGGGCAUGAGGCACUGCGUCGAGUUCUGCUCUUGGUCAAGGAGCUCAAGGAAUGGCAGGCUAGAGGCCGCAUUGCAGACGCCAAGAUGACCGACGUGUAA